UUUCUGUUUUUACUGUAUUUUGAUCAGAUAAAUGCAGCUUUGAUAAACAAGAGACCAUCAGAAUGAGAGCUGAUUCAAAGUUAAAAUGUUUUAUAAUGGAUUUAUUUACACAAACAAAGUUUUUCACUUCACAAGACGUUAACUGAUGGACUGGAGUGGUCUGGAUUACUUGUGGACUAUUGUGAUGUUUUUAUCAGCUGUUUGGACUCUCAUUCUGACGGCACCCAUUCACUGCAGAGGAUCCAUUGAUGAGAAAGUGAUGUUAUGCUACACUUCUCAAAAUAUGUUCGGAUGAAGAAACAGACUUAUCUACAUCUUGCAUGGCCUGAGGGUACUGAAACUGGCGCUGAGACGGAGUGCGAGGAUGGACAGUUUCAGUGCAACAAUAAAAGAUGUAUUCCCACCAUAUGGAGAUGCGAUGAUGAUGAUGACUGCUCUGACAACAGCGAUGAGGAGAACUGCCUGAAGAACACAUGUGCUCCCUCAGAGUUUGCAUGUGCGAACGGUCAGUGUGUUCCUGGGCGUUGGCGGUGUGAUGGAGAACCCGAGUGUCCGGACGGAUCGGAUGAGGCUGAUGCCACCUGCACAGUCAAACAGACAUGUCCACCAGAGAAGUUUGACUGUGGAGGGAAGUGUGUGUCGCUGUCCUGGCGUUGUGACGGAGAAAGAGACUGCGAAAAUGGUGAAGAUGAAGCAGACUGUGCAGCAGAUGCCAGGUCCUGCUCAGCGGGCGAGUUCCAGUGUCGUAACCGUAAAUGUUUAGCACCGGUCUAUGUUUGUGACGGCGAUGACGACUGUGGAGAUGGCAGCGAUGAGGAGAAGUGCUCUCCGCCCACCUGUGGGCCACACGAGUUUCGCUGUAACAGCUCAGAGUGUGUGCCGCAGCCCUGGACCUGUGACGGCGACCCUGACUGCGCUGACGGCUCUGAUGAGUUGGCGGGGCGAUGCGUGGGCGGGUCUGGACGCCCGGCUCCGCCCCCCACCCGGAGACUGCAGUGCGGUGCUGGAGAAUUUCGUUGCGGCAGCGGGGAGUGUGUGAAACUGGCCUGGAGGUGCGACAGGGACCCUGACUGCAAGGACAAGUCAGAUGAGGUCGACUGCCCUCUGCUCACAUGCCGACCUGAUGAGUUCCAGUGCGGAGACGGAUCCUGCAUCCACGGCAUCAAGCAGUGCAACAAAAUACACGACUGCCUCGACAAAAGCGACGAGGCUGGCUGUGUCAACGCCACAAAGUGUGAAGGACCUCUGAAGUUCCUCUGCAGGAAUGGAGAAUGCAUUGACGGCAGCAAGGUGUGUGAUAAUGUGAAGGACUGCAAGGAUCGGUCGGACGAACCCAAGAAGGAGUGCAGUUUGAAUGAAUGCUUGCUUAACAAUGGAGGCUGCUCACACAUCUGUGUGGACCGUCCCAUCGGAUACGAGUGCCAGUGUCCUGCUGGCUAUAAGCUUCUGGACAAGAGGACAUGUGGAGAUAUCGAUGAGUGUGAGAACCCUGAUGCCUGCAGUCAGAUCUGCAUUAAUCUGAAAGGGGAUUUCAAGUGUGAAUGUCACCCGGGUUAUGAGAUGGACCCCGUAAGCAAGACCUGCAAAGCUGAGGGAAAAAGCCCUUACCUGAUGUUCACGAACAGGCACGAGAUCAGACGCAUUGACCUGGUGAAGAGGGACUACACACAGGUGGUUCCUACGCAGAAGAACGCAGUGGCCAUUGAUAUCGACGUCUCCGCCAACCGCAUGUACUGGUGUGACCGUUUUCAACACAAAAUAUACAGUGCUUACAUCCACGAGGCGAGCGACCCGUCUCGACACGUUACUCUGAUCGACUCGGAUCUGCAUUCCCCUGAGGGUCUGGCACUGGACUGGGUCCAGCACAACCUCUACUGGACCGACUCGGGCGACAGAACCAUCUCUGUGGCUUCAGCGGAUGGCAGCAGGAGACGCGUGCUGAUCAGCACCGAUCUGAGCGAACCACGAGCCAUCGCUGUGGAUCCAGAGAGAGGGUUCAUGUAUUGGUCUGAUUGGGGCAUCAGGGCCAGGAUUGAGAAGGCUGGAAUGAAUGGUGUAGAUCGGCAGGUGCUGGUGUCUGAGGACAUUGAGUGGCCCAAUGGAAUCACACUCGAUGUGGUUGGUAAGCGCUUGUACUGGGUGGACUCAAAACUGCACCUGAUCUGCAGCGUGGAUUUAAACGGGGCCCAUCGCAGAGUCAUCCUGUCCUCCAGCGAGAGACUCGGCCAUCCGUAUGCCCUCGCUGUGUUCGAGGAUCACGUGUACUGGACGGACCGUGAGAAGGAGGCCGUCUACAGUGCAAACAGACUCACAGGACAGGAUGUGACCAGUCUUGCCGAGCACCUCAAUGACCCUCAUGAUAUAGUGGUUUUCCACGAGCUGAGCCAGCCUGCGGCUCCUGACAGCUGUAACCUGAGUGGCGUGACUAACGGAGGCUGUGACUUCCUGUGCCUGCGAGCUCCUCAGAUCAGUGAACACUCACCCAAAUACACCUGCGCUUGCCCUGAUGGCGAGGAGCUCAGCCCUGACACACGCCAAUGCAUACCCGUGCAAAAUGAGACUGUGGUCACACCUACUGUCCCCAUCAACAUCACCAAUGAGACAGGGGCUGGCCGGGCACCAGAGUCCCCUGCAGUAGUGACAUCUCAGUCUGACAGUAUGGCUGAAACCACUCUCUCAUCACUCCUCACCUCCAGCCCAGAGGAACCGGCCAUCUCCUCUAAUACUACAGCAGAGCACAGUCCUACACAAGCGUCCAGCACCACACCAGACAGCCUGAGCAACCUGUCUCAUCACUCUGGCAAUGAGUUGUUUCUCCUUGGCCGUAAUCUGACAGUGGCAGUGCUUGGAGUUGUAAUUCCCAUAGUUCCUAUUGUUGCCACAGUGGUCUUCGGAGUGGUGUGUGCCGGCAUUUACCUCGUUUACCGCAACUGGAGGAGGAACAGCACCAAAAGCAUGAACUUCGACAAUCCCGUCUACCGCAAAACCACAGGAGAGUCAGAGGAGGACGAGAUUCACAUCGGUCGGACUGACGGGCUCGCUGGCCAUCACCAUACUUACCCCGGGCCCGUGGUCGGCAUGACGCCAGUCGGUACGGGGACGUGCCCGCCAUUCAUCGCUCUGCCUCUGGGGACCGGUUUACCAGACCCUGCCACACACUGGUACACAGAGCAGCCCACCAUCUCUAGUACUAAGUGAAAGGGAGGACGACUCUAGAAAUACUGUGACCGCAGGGAGCAGGACUGACACGUGGCUGCCAAGCUAUGCAGGAACUGAAUGGCAUUUAGCGAGCUGAAUCAUUCUUAACAUGCCCAGGUUUUGAAGUACGCUGAAGUGCAAACGCUGGGUUGAUUAAACAAAAGGUUUAGACAUUUCAGACCCAUAUUCAUUAGGUCCAUUUUAAGCGUCAUUUUAUUGCUGGUUGGAACCACCAACUGGUUCAAACCUGCAUUAUUUAUAUUUAUCUUAUAAUCCUAGACAAAUCUAGCACUGUAACUGGCAUUAAAUUUACUACAUAAAUGUUGAAACUAGUCUAUUAGACUAGAAAUGUCCAGCACUUUUGCUAAAGCUGCAGAGAGAAACAGUUUUUGACCCUUAUUACUAACAUGGCAGUGUUUCAUUUAGUCAUCAGGUUUCCAAAAUUUCCUAAUUAACCAAUUAAUUUGAUUACAAUUUACAAUGUAUUACAUUAUAAAGUACCUUUUAAUAGGCUUAACAAAAAAUUAGACACAUUAUUCCAGAAAUAAUCUUUGAUGGCUCAAGGGCAAACAAGCAAUUUUAACUGCUUGGUGUCAUGACUUUUUUUUUAGAAUUGUUUAAUAAUGAUAAAAUGUAUAAACAGUGAUUUGAAACUAUGAAACAGUUACCUGUAUCAUAUUAUAACCGUUUUAUUUAAAUAAUCUUUGACCUAUUGCCUCGUUACAGACAUAAUAACACGCGAGGUGUUAACAUGAAAUCAAAAUGGACUUAUUCACUUUCCUAUGUUUGGUCAUACUGUACACGUUUCUUCUGUGCAUAUGAUUCCAAAGAAAAAAAUAUUUGUCUUAGAAAACUUGAUUCUGAAUUCUGAAACAACUUUUGUUUUUUGGCUAACGUCACUAACAACUUUAAUAUGGAGACCGCUCUUCAUGAUCCAUUCAGUUCCCAAUGCAUAAAAUCAAGUCCCACCUUUUUUCUUCAUUAAAUGUUCAAAUUUCAUUCAGAAAUGCUGAGCAAAGGCUGCAAAUGUUGUUUCAUGUUAACUUUAACAGCAAUUAAUACUAGGAUGUUUACAUUUUAGGUUUUCAACUUAGAACGCACCCAACAAAGAAAGAUAUCAAUACAAAAAUAUUCCCAAACUUGAUAUGUUUUGUCCGUUUCAUCAGUAUUAUCCACUUUUUAUAGGUGUGUUUAUUCCAUAGAGAGACAUUGUAUAUUCAUCACUCGCAUGCAAAUGAAAAGCCAUUGUCCUUGAAUUCACACGACUGUCUGGUGAGGCUGCGGACGCGUCUCUGUGGGGCUCCACCGCACUGCAGCUACGACUUGGCAAGACACUGAAAUUGGCAGAGUACCCUGGUUAGUGGAGCAAACCCUAGCGUAAUCACUCCGAGCCGGAAUAGAUGUUACGAGGGUCAGCGCGAGUGCGUUACACAGCGGGGUCUCUUGUGGUUCACACCGAGCUGCGUUUCGCUAGGCGUAAACCAGUGGUAAUUUAUGAAAUGUCACAGUUUCACACGUCUGUUUCUGUUAUUGGAGUUUGUCGUGCCGCCCACUUACAGUACAUUCACUUUCAUGUUGUUGUUUAUCUCCGGAGCGGAGAAACGGGGAGAACAUAAGUUGAUAGUCGCCCCAAGGGUCUAGCAUAGCUACAGGCACUGAGCUAAAGGAUACAUAAGCACUAGGUUGACGUCUAAACACAUUAGAAUCACGUUAACGUUGGGGAAAAAGUGUCUGGGACUGGCAUGUGUGCAGACAGCCUGCUCAGCAGAUUUAGUGCUCAUGCCUCGCUGUAAUAGAUGCACCGACCUUUAAAGAUGCUCUGAAAGGCCAUACAUUCCAAAUGCUGGACAUUUAUUUGCGCGGUUGUUUUUAACACGGGGUACCUCUGCAUUCUUCUGUCAUGUGCUGUGGGGACGUUUGGUUUUGUCUCAGGGAGAUGGUAUAGAGAGUGGUGAAGGGUUUCAGUUAGUUAUGAUAAUUGGAAUGGGAAAUAAUGUGUAACAAUGCAUUCACUGUCGAGAAAACAUAAAAUGCGCCUUGCGUAGGUCGACCUAAGAUGUGAUGCAUAGAGACUGGCUUUGGUCAGAGAGAUUUUUUUAGAGGGCUAGUACUGGUAUUGUCGUCCAGGUCACCAAACAUGCCAAAGUCACAUUUCACCCCAAAAUGAAAAGAAAGAAAACAUAUUUUACACAAUGAAAUAUGUACUGUAUGCACACUACUGUUCAAAAGAUUUUUCAAAAGUUGUUGAAAGAUUUGUGUUCACCAAGCCUGUAAUUAUUUGAUCAAAAAUACAGUAAAAACUGUAAUAUUGUUGAGUAGUAAUAUUACAAUUUUAAAAACUUUUUUUCUAUUUUAAUAUAUUAUAAAAUGUAAUUUCUUUCUGUGAUCAAAGCUGAUUUUUCAGCAUCUUUACUCCAGUCUUAAGUGUCACUUGAUCCUUCAGAAAUCAUUCAAAUAUGCUUCCAUAGUAAGAAAAUAAGAUCAUCAUCAUGAGGGUGAGAAUUACCAGGGACAAAUGUUUUACAAUACAAUAAAGGUCCUUAAGGUAGGCUUUGUUUUUGUUUUCAUGCAAAAUACAUUUUGUUAUUUCUGUCUUUUGAUUUUGGGGUGAAAUAUGACCUGAACAUUUUUCGUGAGAUUCACUCGCUGAGGCUUUUUUUCCUUAUACUUUAUAUUAUGAGGGUGUCUUUGGUGUCCUAUCCUUUGAAUAAAUUGUCAGACAAAAGGACAGUUUUUUUUUUUUUCUCAUUUGGGUGGUCAGGAAGACCAGCUGUUCAUUCACAGAUUCUGAGAUCAGAUGUUACCUCAUUAAUAUUAAAGAGCAUCGCUCUAGGAUUUCAAAUGAAGACUCCCUCAUAAGAGAGGAGCAUUAAAUAUUCUGUGUGUGUGUGUGUGUGUGUGUGUGUGUGUGUGUGUGUGUGUGUGUGUGAGAGAGUGUGUGCGAGUGUGUGUGAAUGUUAAUAUGUGCGUUCAGAAUGCAUUUAUUUGUGGUGUGAAAGUUAAAUCAGUGUGUAAUGUGAUUAUGGAAUGCGAUGUGUAAAUACGUUUUCAUACAAAUACUUUUGAUACACCUUUGUAAAAAUGUAUAUAAGAUUUUAGAUAACAGUAUUGCCUAUGAAUUAAUUUAUUUGGAAUAUAUGAUCAUUGUUUUCUGAUGGUAAAAUAAUAUAUUCUGCCAAAGUGUUUUUGUGCUGUUGGUAUUAUUCAUUUUUGCUGUUCGUAUUUUUUUACUUUUUGAAUUUAUUUUGAUCUUUAUUUUUGCAUUUUAAGGCUUUAAUAUAGAAUAUUUUGAGUAGUUUAAUUAAAUUACAUUGUUAUUGCACUAUAUUUUGCAAACACAAAACUUAUUUUUCUUUUUUUGUGCCUUGUUUUGUGAUUUUUACCAACACUGAUUUCAACACUGUCUGAUCUCUGACUGCAUAAACUUUAUUGUGGCAUAAUGGUCUCAUUGUAUUUCAAAUGUUUCUCUUUAUAUGUCUCUCUAUAAAUUGAUAU